AUGCCGCCCGUGCCGGCGAAGAAGCAGCCCAAGCCGAGGAAGGCGCCCGAUCCGGCGGACCAGCACCGGCAGGCCGCGCCCCGCAAGGCGGCCGACCCGUCGGAGCAGCAGAAGCAGAUCCAGGCCAAGAUUGCGCAGCUCGAGCUCGACGCGGCCGGCGACAAGGAGCAGGAGCUGGAAGUCGAGCGCGAGGUCAAGAAGGCGAACCGCGAGAUGCAGUCGCUGCUCACCCACAUGGACGGCCCGCUGGCCCAGUUGACGGCGCUGCAGAAAAAGUACACGGAGCUGCUCUCCGACAUGAAGCGCAUGGAGCGCGAGCACGCCAAGGCAAAGAAGCGCGGCGACCAGCUGCAGAAGGAAAAGGACGCCCAGCGCGCUGAGCUGGCCAAGCUCACCACGCUCAAGGACAAGCUCGACAAGCUGUCGCGCGACUUUGCCAAGGAGAACAAGAAGCUCAAGGACGAGCUGCACAAGCUCGAGACGACCGAGUCGGCCGCCCGCCACGAUCUGCACACCCGCCUCGAGACGCUCGUCGCCGACGUCGACGACUGCAUACGCGCCGCCGAGGGGCCCGACGGCCACGACGACCGCGACCUGGAGCUGGACGAAGCGUUCCGCCUCAAGUUCAAGUCGUUUGUCGACCAGUACGAGCUGCGCGAGCUGCAGUUCCACUCGCUGCUGCGCACCAAGGAGCUGGAGAUCCAGUACCAGAUGGCCCGCCUGGACCAGCAGCGCAAGCAGCAGGAAGCCGAGUCGUCCAAGUCGCACCAGCUGACGCGGCAAGUGUCGACGUUUUCGCAGACCGAGACGGAGCUGCGCACGCAGCUGAACAUUUACGUGGAGAAAUUCAAGCAGGUCGAGGAGACGCUCAACAACUCCAACGACCUGUUCCUGACCUUCCGCAAGGAAAUGGAGGAAAUGUCCAAGAAGACCAAGCGCCUGGAGAAGGAGAACCAGGCUCUGCAGCGCCACAAGGACAUCACCAACCGCAACAUUGGCGAGAUGGUCGACGAGCGCCAGCGCAUGCAGGACGAGCUCGCCCGCACCGCCAAAGUCGCCGACGACCAGCGCAGGAAAAUCGCCCGCCUUGAGACCCUGUGCCGCGGCAUGCAGGCGCAGGGCCGCGGACAGGUGCCUAUGCCGAGACUCGAGGACGAGGAUGAGGACGAGGAUGACGAUGUUACCGAGAGCGAGUACGAGUACGACGACGAGGGGAGCGCAGAGUACGACGACGAUACCGAGGAGGAUCCCGUCGACCCGCCCGAGCGCCGCCCGUUUGGGCCGCCGCCGCCGCCGGCUGUGGGUGGGGGUGGGGGCGGGGUGGCGAAUGGGGUGGUGAAUGGGCAGGGAGUGAAUGGGCAGGCAGGGAAACAGCACAAGGGGCAGGUGAACGGCGUCAAGCGGUGA